UCAUAGCACGUUCUGUCCAUGAGGCCCUUUCCAGGUCUGGGAUCAGCUACAGUUUCUGAACACGUGAAUGCUUGAUAAUGGCAGGCUGGCUUGAGUUCAGUGUUUGGCAAGGUUGGUCAAGUCUGGAUCCCCUAAUGUGGACCAUGCAGAACUGGCCCAGCCUAUAAAUAAUACUGACAAAUUUUAGAAGAAAGAACAUUGAACCUGGAGAAAACGAGGGGAAUCGUUGUGAAAUGAAGAUUGAUAUUGCAGCAGGUUACUUUUUCCUUAAAGUCAUGCCAGUGUUGCUGUUGUUGGCUCUGGUGUGCCCUGUAACUUCUACACAAUUGUCAGCAUUAGACUCAUGUGGGCCAGAGGUUGCGGCUCUCAAGCGCAGCAUAAAGAAACUGGAGAACAAAGUCUUGAUCAAGACUUGGCGGGUUCAGCACUUGCAGAUGCACAAAUAUUUCCGUCCAUUUCAACAUGCUGUUCCUGAAACCGACAUGGCCUCUGGUGUAAACUACAACAGCAGCACUGAUCUGACGCUGAUGAAACCACUUCCACCAGCAGGCAAUUUAAUUGUACACGACAAAGAUUGUUCUGAGCUUUUUGACAGACUGAGACCAGCAAGUGGUUUCUACCGCAUCAGACCCAAAUUACACCAGGAGCCUUUUUUGGUCUACUGUGACAUGGAGGAUGGAGGAGGAUGGACAGUGUUUCAGAGGCGCCGGCAUGGAAAAGUUGACUUCAAUAGAGACUGGGUCGACUACCGAGAUGGCUUUGGUGACUUUAAACUAUGGAAUGAUGAGUAUUGGUUGGGGAAUGAGCGCAUGUAUUCUCUGCUCUCUGAAGGUAAUAACCUGGUGAAGAUAGAUCUAAUGGACUGGGAUGGACAGAGAAGUCAUGCAUUUUAUGAGAACUUCAGGAUCACUGAUGAAGCCGAUAAGUAUCGUCUCCAGUAUGAACAGUACAGUGGCGAAGCUGGAGAUGCUCUGACUGGUGGUGGGGGGAUGGUGGAGCAGUGGUCUGCUUGCCUCAGCGGCAUGCAGUUCAGUACAAGGGAUCAGGACAAUGACCGCUACAUGCAGGGCAGCUGUGCCAAGGAGAAUAAGGCGGGAUGGUGGUUCAACAGAUGUCAUGCAGCCAACCUGAAUGGGAAGUUCUACAGCAAAGGGAAGUACAGGGGUCAGUAUGACAAUGGUGUGGUGUGGGGGACCUGGAAAGGCCUUUGGUAUUCCCUUCGACACACCACCAUGAAGGUGCGGCCUCUGGUUUUCUUGGAUGCUGUGGGCAGUGGAGCAGGGGAAAUUUAAAAACACCGGGCUACACACUCUCUUGUGUGAUACAGAAUGAAGUUGAAAAAUAAGGGCAAAGACUGAUGUCAUGUUUAAAUUCUAUAUAUUUUAAUUUCUCCCUUUGCUUCAUGAUUUGAAACUAUUAUCAAAUGUCGAUAGUACAGUAUCUUCUGCUUUCCAGUAAGCAUUUCUUUUCUAUAAAGUGUAUGACAUUACUCAAACAAUAAAACAACCAGCAUCUCA